UCUUUUAAAUCUAUGCAAAGUUUGCUAUUAUUCUUCAGAGAAAAGUUAUCAGAGUCUCCAUUUCGUAGAGGUGAUCCAAGUCUUUGAAGCAUGGGUUUCAUACGUGUGUUUUGCUACUUUGUUGCUUACCAUCCUUUGCUUGCCUGCCAAAAAUUCUCUUCUCAGUUAAUCGAAUGAGCCAUACAUAAUAAUUAUAUAAGAGAGAUCUUCUCUGCAAACAAGGUUUCUAUGGUUGAUCUUUUAAUUGGGAAUGUGUUUUGCGAGCUACACGUCAUUCCUUCUUUGAUUCUAUCUUGCAUAGAUUUUCUUAUUCUAUGCUGAAGCAUUCCAAGCAGUCCAUUGCAGCAAGGCAACCAAUUUGCUGUUACAAAUUGGUUAUAGAAACAGGGCCUUAUGCAAAAGUGUUAAAGCUAAAAACCAUGAGACCUUCUUCCUCCUCCAAAGCAUUGAAGACCGCCAUUAUCAUCCUGAACAAGAAACUCAAAGCUAAUCUUGUAUUUGAGAAUGCCAGAGACCACAUACAAUCAAUCCUUAAUCUCAGCAGUUGAAUGUGAAUCUUUUGAGGGUGAGAGCGAAUGGAUUGUCGAAUUCCCAUACAGACACUAUUCCAAUCCAAAGAUAUCAAAACACCCUUCUGCUUCUGAAAAAACCCAAAAUAUUGAUUCUGCUAAAUUAGGUCAUUUCCAAUCUCCAUUUUCACUGCAUACCCAAUCUUCCGAAGUAUUAAUUUCUAACAGUUCAGAGUUUGAAGGGAAUGCCCAGCAGCAGAACAUGAAUUUUACAGAGGCAUCAUCUUCGGGCUAUCAAGCGGUGCGUGAAAGUCCAAGCAUGCAGAAAAUCAAGAUUUGCAACAUGAAGUCCCUCGAGCUCGCGGGCUUCAUGCCCUUGUUGGGCUGUCGUGCUCGCAGAUCUGGACCUCCAUCAAAAAAUACAUGUGUAAAUAUAUUAUUUCUAGGAAAUCCUUAGAAAUCAACGGUGGUGCUCAUAGUUCUGUUGGUGCUAGCAAGAAAUCUCAGAUUAAACUUGAUAAGUUAAAAUACAACCAGGGGUUUAAGGCCAAGAAGAAGAAUCACAUGGGUGGGGCUAUAAGUUUAUUGUUAGAUGCCAUUCAGUUGGUAGAAGAUGAGGAUCAACUGAAAGGAGGAAAGAAAAAUGGUAAGGGAAUUUCACACAGACCUGGUUUGGAGAGUCACCAAUGCCACGAGACUGAUUAUUCCAACCCUGCAAAAAAGAUGAUCCCAUAUGAGGUUAGCCACAUACGAGACUUUCAAAAUAAUCCUCUGAUUAUUACCGAAGGCAAUGAUAGAGAGCAUGGAGCUAAGCCCGAGGUUCAAGCAAGACGCAAAAGGCUACAAGCUUUACCUUCCAAAUAUUCUGACUCUCUGCUGUUGCCAUGGAAGUAGAGUGCCAAAAGUUCCCACCUCCGUGCCUUGCUGAAUUCCGUGGAAUAGUGCACUUAUUGUCACUAUUACUUAAUCAUCCACUCAAUUAACCUUCAUUGUCCAUAACUGGGUAAGUUUGGCCUGUGAAUUUGUACAUAUAUUCAACUUCUCUGUAACCCUUGAUUAAUGAAAUUAUUGCUAUGGAUCAAA